AUGAGUUUGAAAGAAGAGCCUAAAUUUGACGAUAGCAACGCGACUUCAGGAGGCCAAAACGAAAAACUAUUCCAGUUGAUAACUAAUCAAAGAAAUAUCAUCAACGAUUUGCGUAGGGACUUGAAGCAAGCUGUUUCUGAGAAUGGCCUUUUGAAAUCAAAAUUGAGUAGGUUGGAAAAUAUGGAAGCCUCGGCUUCUCAGAUGAACAGUGGCACUGAAAGUUUGGUUGCAAAAGUCGAAUCAAGGGAUCAGAGGAACAAUUUAUCACCUAGUUAUCUCACAAGUACUGACAAGAAUGGUCGAUUAUCGGUUUCUUCCUUUGUUCCUCGAAGUUCCCCUUUAGAAGAUCGCAAUCCUAAUUCCUAUGAUGAUAGACCACAACUUUUGUUGAAUACGAAACGUCUUCCUGUACAUACUUCUUCUGGUACAUACGACCCGCGAUCAGCACUUUCUUCGCCUGUGUCCUACGAAAGAUAUGCAGCUUUGCGAAAUGAAGCUGCAAAGACUCGAUGGUAUAUGAAAGAAGAUCUAGAUUCUGCUGAAAGUUUUUCUCCUACUUCAACGAACAAUAAGUUUUCGUCUGUUCAAGACCUAUGGGAUAGCAGUUUUACCGACCAGUUUUUUGAAAAUUCUUCAGCUCCUAAAGGUUCUAAAAUUGAUAGUAAGAAUUCGCAUCCUAGCCUUUACGUUCCUACCCCUUCCUUAGCUUAUCCAGAUCCCGAGUCUAAAUUGAAGAGUCAUUUGAUUAAUGAUUCGCCUGAAACACUUGCCUCUGAACCCUUAUCUACCUUAAAGGUCCCGGAUAGCGAGAUUUGCUUGACACGUCGUCUUUCUGAUUCUAAUCGGACGUGGACUAUCGUUGAACCUCCUCCCUCGGAACAAAUAGAUCAACAAAAUCUUUUGACUCAACCGAAAGAACCUAGAAAAUCCACUGCGAAGUCCUUCCUCUCGUCCUUCUCGUCGUUGACAUCAUUUGCUCGUCCCAAGCCAGAAAAUCGCACUAAAAGUGAUUCCGUAGCUGGUCAUCCACAGUCGAUGUCUACUAGUAACUCCGAAACUUUGUACAAUAGCAAGCUUAGUUUCAGGUUGGAUGAAUCAUUGGUGCGGUACUUGAAGUUUGAUUUAAUGAAAACUACUCUAUCUUCUUCUUCUACUGUAUUUGAUAAUAUAAUUCUACAUUUUGUUGUUGGUGUUACCGCUGUACCACCACUUGCUUCUCAGUGGAAGGAUGAAGUGUGGAGCUAUUCCAGAAGUAUUGGUCAAUGUCGAGCAUUUGAUGCUUCAUUUGUAUUAGAUGUGGGUGCACCACCAUUUCCAACUCUUGAUUGGUUUACAAACGAUUCAUCCUAUAUACAAAAUGAGCUACUUCGACGAUCUGUUGAUACAUACUUUCGUUAUAUUUUUCAAGCUGAUCUUACUUUAGAGCAGAAAGUUAAGCUUAUUCAGUUCUUGAGUAAAGAUACUUUAAGAGAAUAUCUCAACGAUGUUUUCUUUCUUCCUCCUGAACACGCUCAAAAAGAAGGAAUCUUGCUUAGAUAUAUUAAGAACAGCGGACUUGUUUCCCGCUACUUUUAUUUGAAAGACAAGGUUCUGUAUUAUGCGGAAAACCGUAAUGCACCUGUUUUGGGAACAAUACAGUUGCAAGACGCGCUCGUCCAUAGAUAUAGCGCAAAUCUUCCUAUCUUUACUGUUAUUGAUCCUCCUCAUCAAUUUUUAACCGGUGAAAAUUAUCAAUCCGCGUUUGUUAUACAAGAAAAGCAAACUGAACAAAAAAAUGGAACAGAUACUAUUCAUGUCCUAUUGGCGAAAAACAUAGAAGAUCAGCAGAGUUGGUUACGUGCUAUCGUCAAUCAGAUCCCCUCAAUUUCUACCGCAUCUACACCUGUUGAUCUUCAAAUUCAGGCUUCUGAUUUUCCUGGAUCCCGUCGGAAUCAAACCGAAAAGCAAGAAGAAAGGAUUAAUCGAACGGAUCUCUCACAAAACGAUGAUCGCUGGAGUUUAGAAGAGGAUACUAUGCGAACCGGUACCGCGGAUAACGAGAAUUUUGAAAAAUUAAAGGAUGUAGGAAGUAUUAGUGAUGAUGCAAGUUUGAACCUUGACACUCCUCCUAUUGAAAGCAGUGACACUGCAGAUCUGUCAAGUGAAAGAAGUGAAACUGGAUUAUCAUUUGCAAGCACUUCCGGAAAUAGCAUUUUGGAGACUGAUCCUAGAAUAAUGAAGCUUGCACAAAGUUCUAGUAGCGAAAAAGAAUUAUCAAGAAAGGAUAACGAUGCGUCUAUAGAAGAGGACUUCCUGAAUCAUUUCAAACGAGUUAAUGUUUCGGGAAAUAAGAUGUCACAACAAGUAGAUCAGCUUUCAGAUACAAACAGUAUGGAAGAGGUCAAUAAUGAGCCGUCUUCCAAUACCAUUGAUGAUGGUGGUAUCGGCCCAGAAUCGACGUCGUUAACGACAUCAAAGGAGGUUCCGACGAAACAAACUGAGGUUUUUGGAAUACCGCUGGUGGACGCGGUAAAUCUAGGCUCGCAGUUUAACGAGAGUGGACUUCCUAUUGUGAUUUACAGGUGCUUAGAGUACUUGGAGACCGUACGUGCAGAGAAAGAAGAAGGUAUAUAUCGAUUGAGUGGCUCUUCUUCCGCAAUUAAAGGUUUAAAAGAACAAUUUAAUAAAGGCAUUGAUUAUGACUUGGUGAACUCUGAAGAAAUGUUUGACGUUCAUGCUGUAGCUGCUUUAUUGAAACUUUAUCUUCGUGAGUUACCAACCAAUUUACUGGAUAAUUCGUUGACAAAAAUCAUUGAAUUAAUGCCGGGAAUUCCUCAUACGAAAAGCUCGAUGGAUGAACUUACUCGUAUACUUGGGGAACUACCCGUUGAAAACUUCGUCCUUCUGGACUCUCUUCUGCACCAUCUCCGCAGGAUUAUCACCUUUGAAAAAUACAACAAAAUGAAUGUGAGAAAUGUUGGAAUCGUUUUUUCUCCGACAUUGAAUAUUCCUUCUGAAGUUUUUAAUAUGCUCAUUGAAAACUAUGAGCUCAUUUUCACUGACUAUAUUCGUCAAGCAAAUGCGAAUUUAGUUGAUUAA